UCAAGAAAAGAAAGAAGAUUUCUUUAGAACUAGGUGCGUGAAAAUCGUUCUUUGUUUUAUUGUACGCGUGGAGACAUCGGUUACUAACUUUCAUUCUUCUAAAGUUGUAUAAAGAAGAAAGUCACAUUGAGACGUAACUGAUGGUUUACCCAAAAUAAAUCAAAAUCAUAUUGUGUUUUAUUUCUUUCAGCCUAAUUCAUUACUGAGUUUUCUUCAGUUUCAGACAUAACUGAUGAUGUGUAAUUAGAAGUAGCAAAAGGGAUACGUGUUGUUUAUUUAGCCUUAUCGUAACGCAAAUUGAUGUUCAGCUGUCAGAAUCGUCACGUUUUAGAUCAUUAGUCAGUUGAAGAUUAUGAAAAAAGCCUUUUCUUCUGAUUCAUUGCACUUGUUUAUCGAAUUCAGACUACUUUAGUGAUUUGAUCAAAAAAAAUAUCUUUUGGUAAAAUAAUUAUCUAAUUAUUUUCUUUAUAUAAACACUAGACCUUCGGUUGGUGUUGGGUAGAGAAAAUACAUCUUUUCAAAUUCUCCAUAUUGAAGAGAAUGAUGGCGGAGACCGGUGGAGUUAUUCCGACGAUAGACUUGGAAGAGGUCGUUUCAGAUAAGAUCCUGAAUCAGAAAAUCCGUGAAGCGAGCGAGAGAUGGGGAUGCUUUAGGGUGAUGAACCAUGGAGUUUCAUUGUCUUUGAUGUCUGAUAUGAAGAAGACCAUUAUGGAUCUCUUCGAACGUCCACACGAGGUGAAAGUGCGCAACACUGACGUGUUACUAGGGAUUGGUUACAGGGCUCCAUAUGAUAUCAAUCCUUACUAUGAAACAUUUGGUCUCUAUGACAUGGCUUCUCCUCAAGCUGUCAACACUUUUUGUGACCAGCUUGACGCUUCCGCGGAUCAAAGGGAGAUUAUGGUGAAGUAUGCCAAAUCUACUGAUAUACUUGCAAAGGAUUUAGCAAGGAGGUUAGCAGAGAGUUACGGUUUGGCUGAGACUGACUUCUUCAAAGGAUGGCCGAGCCAGUUGCGGAUUAACAAAUAUCAUUUUAAACCCGAAGCAGUCGGGAAACUGGGGUUUCACCUACACACAGAUUCUGGUUUCUUGACGAUUCUUCAAGCCGAUGAGAAUGUUGGUGGACUUGAAGCCAUGGACAAUGCUUCAGGAAAGUUCUUUCCCAUAAGCCCGAUGCCAAACACGCUUGCUAUCAUCCUUGGGGACAUGGCUACAAUCUGGAGCAACGGACGAUUGUGUAAUGUGAAGCAUAGAGUGCAAUGCAAUGAAGCAACCGAGAGGUUUUCUAUCGCCUCGUUUUUAUUAGGACCAACGACUGAUUUGGAACCACCAAGUGAGUUUGUGGAUGCUGAACAUCCGCGACUAUACAAGCCUAUUAGUCACGAAGGGAUACGAAACAUUAGAACGAUCAAGAAGUUGGUUGAUGGAGAAGCUCUCAAGCUUAUAACCUAUGAAUGAUAAAAACUUAAAUGACAGAUUAUGAUGGUUGUGAUAACCGGAAAACUUGAGUAUUCUUGUUAUGUUUACCUAAGAUUGAGAAAUAAAAAUGUAUCUUUGCCCUAUCGAUUUUCGUAAUAUAUAAAAAUGAAUAAGUUCACAUUGGUAUCUUUGUGGACGCAAUGUAAUACA